ACCGCCCAGAAACCCUUCACCCCUCCCUUUUUUCCUUCCUUUCCGACACAGCAAGACCAUUCUUGAUGCAUUCGUCUCACUAAAGCAUCUGAAACGUCAGUGAAAAAAAAAACUCAAAUGUUCCCAUUCAUACUGUAAAGAGCCAUUAUUAACACAGGACGACAGUAAGACAUCUACACUUCCAGUGACAAGGGUAUACAUUUUUGAAAGAUGCCAGAUAUGCCGGUGACACUGCAGCACACCCCUCCAGAUGGAGAAUGGGGCUGGGUUGUAGUCUUUGGUGCCUUUAUUUCAAUUGGGUUCUCGUAUGCAUUUCCAAAAGCUAUUACAGUGUUCUUCAAGGAGAUUCAAGAGAUCUUCAACACUUCAUACAGUGAAAUCGCAUGGAUAUCUUCAAUUAUGUUGGCUGUUAUGUAUGCAGGAGGUCCAAUAAGCAGCAUCCUGGUAAAUAAAUAUGGAAGUCGGCCAGUGGUUUUAGUAGGUGGCUUUUUAUGUGCUGUGGGGAUGGUAUCUGCUUCUUUCUGCAACAGUGUCCUCGAACUGUACAUAUGCAUUGGUGUCAUUGGAGGAUUUGGUUUAGCAUUUAAUCUUCAACCGUCUUUAACAAUUAUUGGGAAGUAUUUCUACAAAAAGCGCCCGAUUGCUAAUGGAUUGGCCAUGGCUGGUAGUCCAGUAUUUUUAAGCACCUUGGCUCCACUUAACCAGUUUCUCUUCAACUAUUUUGGAUGGAGAGGAAGCUUCUUAGUACUUGGGGGACUUCUUUUAAACUGCUGUGUAGCUGGCUCUUUAAUGAGACCAAUUGGACCCAAGCCUACAAAAAAAGAUGUUGAAAAAGCAGCAGCCCCAAUGACUUCAAGCAAAGAGAAGAAGUUGACUGUCUGUGAAAAUAUUAACAAGUAUUUAGAUUUAUCACUUUUUAAACAUAGAGGAUUUUUAAUUUAUUUAUCUGGAAACGUGAUAAUGUUUCUUGGAUUUUUUGCACCUAUUGUUUUCCUGGCACCCUAUGCCAAGCAUAUGGGCAUUGAUGAAUAUUCAGCUGCAUUUUUGCUCUCAAUCCUAGCUUUUGUAGAUAUGGUUGCAAGACCUACAAUGGGAAUGGUUGCAAACUCAAGGUUCGUUCGUCCACGAAUACAAUAUUUCUUCUGCUUUGCCAUUUUAUAUAAUGGUAUUUGCCACAUUCUGUGUCCUUUUGCCAAUGAUUACACUGGUCUAGUGAUAUAUGCAGUAUUUUUUGGAUUUGCCUUUGGAAUGGUUAGCAGUGUGCUCUUUGAAACACUAAUGGACCUUGUUGGAGCCUCUAGAUUUUCAAGCGCUGUGGGACUCGUCACAAUUGUGGAAUGUUGUCCUGUUCUAAUUGGGCCGCCUUUAGGAGGUUGGCUGGUGGACAUCACUGGAAAUUAUAAAUACAUGUACUUUGUAUGUGGUUGUAUAGUUAUUGUAGCUAGUAUUUAUUUGUUUAUUGGAAAUGCAAUAAAUUAUAGAUUAUUGGAAAAGGAAAAGAGAGCCAAAGAACAGGACAUUGCUGAGAAAAUUCCACAACAGACAGAAAAGGAACCUCUGAACAACCCCGGAAGUGUUGACAUCGCUGUAAAAGAAGCCCCUAAUUCUCAAACAAAUCCAUCGGAUAAGGAAACUAGUAUAUGAUGUGGAAAUUGAUGUAUAUAUGUAAUGGUUAGUUUUGGAGCUUUAAAAACAUGAACAAGUAUUAAAAUGGAAAUAAUGUUGUUAAAUCAUUAAUAUUGAAUUAUAUUUGGUUUGUACAUUUGGGAUCAGAUCAGGGUGAAAUGUAAUUGGCAAAAAAAUCAUAUUUUUUUAGGCAAAGAAAGUCUAUGCUGUCCUGACAAUCUCUUCCAUUCAGAUCGUAUAUGAUAUGAUAGGUUCUGUUUAUUUACCAAAAGUAGUUUUUAAACAGCUCUACAUUCAAGCUCUGAAAGUGUUAGAUUUUGUCCUUCAUGGGGUUAAAUAUAAAGAAAAGGGAAUUUUUUCUCUUGUAAAUAUUAUCUAACAUGUAACUCUGUAAUCGUAACUUUGGAAUUUAUUUGGUAAACCGUGAAUUUUAGUGCAUUUGAAAAUCUCAAAAAUAAAGUUAAGUCCAAAAUAGCGGAAUUUGGACACAUAUCGAGUUACGUUAUGUUCACAAAUAUUAUGGCAGAUAACAAUUUGGAUGUUGAACAAACCAUAAUUCACAGUUUAGUAAACAACCCCUACUGCAUCAGUAUAACAUGGAAAACGGAUGUUUCUGGAAACUUUAUAUUUAAAGUUUCAUUGAAAAAAUCAGAGUCAAUAAUUUUUAUACUUGGAUUAGAAAUCUAAUUAGCAAUUUAAAAUUGGAUCAAACCGUUAUUAGAAAAAUGGCAAAGAAACUAAACACUCAGGUUUAUAUAUACUUUUAUUUUUUUUUAUUUUUUUAAGGUCAAGUAAUUUUCUGUGCACUUUUUACAAAUACUGCUAAAUCCAAAAUAUAAAAUAAUGCUCAUGUAAAUAACCUCAAAAGAUCAAAGAUCACUGUGUUAAGUGCUAUAUAGAAAUGAGGGGGGGGAAAGCUUGGACAUAGCUCACUUUACUAAUUUAGAAUUUAAAUACAAGAUAUAAAACCAAAACACAAAAUGUGUUUUAUAUGGUGACAUAUUAACAGUGAAGGCCCAAUUUACACCUUCCAGUACCUGUAGGCUCAGAGACAUUUUUUUAAUUUCCACAAAAAAUCCAAUUCUGUUUGCUCCAUGAUUUGGAGAAUAUUUUUGAAAAAUUGUGCUUUUUAUCGUACUUGUACGCACAUGUAGGCAACUCCCUACUCUGUUUACUGUCACAGUUCGCCUUGAACAUUCUAAGCAACAUUCUAAGGAACAUUCUAAGAAACAUAAGCAACAUUCUAAGAAACAUUCUAAGCAACAUAACCACUACAGCGUGCUGUAUUGGUUAUAGUGCCAGGAGAGCUCUUUUAUUACUCACCUCCCCAUUGAACUUAAUCAAACCAUUUUAGCAUAUUUUUACCGGGGGACCACUGGAUGCAGCGCCCCACCUCUUUAACAUCUCAGUGGGAGCCAUAAGCUUAAGUUCAGGAGCUUCCCUUUGUUCUCCUGAGCUAAGCCCUGCGUCCUCCUGAGCUAGCCAUGAACCUUAGGCCUGACCUAAGGUCUAGGACUAGCACAUUGCCCGCUUGUGCUGCUCAGCCAAUGAGCUCUGUCCUGCACUAUACCUAACUAAGAAAAUACUGCAGCUCUGGUUUCAAAUAAAAACGCUAUUUUUAAUAACACGCAACAAAUGGGUUAAAUUAAUUCUCAAAACACAUUUCACGAGGCAAUAAAUGUUAUUGUAAGAAACAGAUAAGUCAUUAAUAUUACCUCAAUACUAAUUUUGUAUUUCUAAUUCUCAUAGUUUAUUCAGUUACUUACUUCUUUUUGAAGGUUAAUAGCACUGAUUGCCAGGUAUUACACUACUCUCUAUGCAGUAAACCUAUCUUCAUCGCUGUCAUUAACAUAGGUAAAUUAUUUUGUGAUAGAACAUUCACUUAGUAUUGUCGUUCCUUUCUCUUUUGUAUAUAGUUUGUACAUUUUCUUUUAGUCAAGAUUGCACUGUAGAAUUCUACUUAUGAUUAAUGAUACCAGGGAGAAUAUUAAUAAAUUAGAUGACUAUAUGACAACUACAAUCAUUAAACACAAUAACUUAUGGUGCUUUCUGUGUGUCAUUUUCCAUACUUGUAGCAAAACGUGUGUGUGUGUGUUAAUACAUAGUCAUAAACUCUGAAUGGUUUUUAUACUAUGCAGUGUCCUGCACUAAAACGUCAAUCAAGCCAAAGGGGGAGAGUUAUGUAGGUAAAACAGAUGCUAUUCUGGACAAAUAACAAUCACACCAAUAGAAUGUUUUUUAAAAAUGUAGUACUUUGCAUCCAAAAUAGCAGACGUUUUGCCGUUAUCAAAUCACUAAUUAGCAAAUAGUAUCAAAUGUUUAUUGAAUCAGCCUCUGCAUUUCUGCAGGAAACUGCAGGAUGCAAUAUAGUGUAUUUUGUGCUAAUGUGCCAGUGCCGUGUAUAUUAUGUCAUGUAUGCAAUAAUUGUGAAUGUUCUAUGACUUAAGGCUGUGUUUGAGAUUAUGGUCCAUUGUCAUAAAAUGUGAGCAUUCUUCGGUCGGCUGUGUUGCUUUCUCGACAGGUAUUAUGAUGUCUGGAGGUACGUGAUUUUAAUAGUAUAUAUUAUCAACUGCAUCAUGUUCAUAUAAAGAAUGAGGUACAUAAUCUGAUUAUGAAACCUUUUGAAAUAAUUUUACUUGUAGGAACAAUGCAGUUCCAGUUAC